GGCAGCAGGAGGAAAGGCAUGCCUCUACAUAAUGCCAAUUCAGCAUAAAUUAGAUACUUCACCAUUACCAUUGUCAGCCAAAGAAUUUGAAAGUAUGCCUAAAGCCAACUGCAUUACCUGUCAGGCUUACGUGCCAAUACAGCUGCUUGCUUUUCAUGUGGCCGAAUGUAAGCAAAAUAGCAUCCAUAAUUGUGAGAUAAUCUCUGAUGAUGAUUCCAGUUUGGAAUCCACCAUUCAUGAUUUUGAUAAAGAUGCAGUCUCAAAUGAACCACCAGCAGUCUCCACAUCCAUAGCUGAUGUCAAGGGAUCCUUAAAUGAGCUUCCAACAGUCUCCCCGUCUGUGGAGGAUACAAAGGUUGCCUGUCCAGUUUGCCUGGAUUUGUUCUCGAGAGACUAUGUGGAACUUCACGCAAGCAGUUGUGGUGUAAGCCUUGUUGAGGAAUUUGAAAAGUUGCUUGAGAGUGAGGUUGCAGAUAAAGUAGUGGAAAAGAUGAGAGAGAAACCAUGUAAAAGCUUGUCUGAUAUCCUCACAGAGCUUGCAGAUUGUGUAGACCACACAUCAACCUUUAAUGUAAGUGUUACAAGAGAAGGUCUGUAUGAAAGGUGCAUGUUGCAGUGGAAGCGGCAAAAAAAUUCCUCUCCCAAGAAUACCCUCUCUAUUAACUUCCUCGGAGAGUAUGGAAUAGACAGUGGAGCUCUCAGAAAAGAAUUCCUAACAGAAAUGCUGAGAGGAAUAGAAUCACACCUUUUUGAGGGAGGAGACACAGGGAAAGCUCCGAAGUACUCCAUUACAGAUUAUAUGAAUGAUAAUUUCAAGACUUGUGGAGAGAUUUUUGCUGUGAGUGUAGCACAAGGGGGCCCACCACCCAAUUUUUUUAAGAAAUGGUGCUAUGACUACAUCUGUUCAGGCACUAUUAACAAGGAAGAGAUGUCCAAAGACAAUGUUACAGAUCCUGAGCUCAUAGAGCUUAUUUUUUAA